AUGACCGAGGGGACACUCAGUAUGGUGGCCGCAGAGAGGCCUCACGGGAAGGCGCCGGCCCGGCCUGAGGCUCCAGCCAGGGAGGGAGGAGGGAGAAUGGCGCUCCAAGCCGCUUCCUUGGAGAAAUUGACGUUCCUCCGAGGGGAGCGGGAGACCUGGGCGGCCUGCGAUGACGAGAAGGCUGCGCGAGAGGCGACCGAGGGGGAACUCGCGAAGGAGUGCGAGAUCUCUGCCGAGCUUCGGCAGAAAUGCACGGCCCUCACGACUGAAGCUCGGGAGGCCCGGGAAAAAGUCGCUCCUCUGGAAAAGAGGAUUAGCGACCUGACCCAGGAGUCCCAAGAGCAGAGGGCGGCGGCCGAGAGGUACAUGGGCGAGGUUACUCGGCUUGGGGCUUUGCUCACCGAAAAAGGCCUUGCCCUGAACCAAACUCAGGCUGACCUUGCUACUGCUCAGAGUCAGGUGGUCCGCUGGCAUCGUAGCUCGACGGAGAACGAGAAGCGAGCCGAGGAGUCGGAAAGGAAGAUGGCUGAGGCGACCUCUACUACUGAGGCGUCGCAAAGGUCCCUUGACGCCGAGGUCACAAACCGCUCGACUAUGGAAGCCGUGGUUACCUCGAUGUGUGAUGUCACAGAACCGACCAAAUUAUAA